CUGUUCGUGGACUACUUCAUGAAAGACCAGGUGGCCGAGUCCCCAUUCAUCGAUCACAUGAUCGAGGCCUGGAACCUGCGCCACCACCCCAACAUGUGCUUCCUCUUCUACGAGGAUAUGAAGCGCGACCUGCCGUCCCAGAUCCGCAAGGUGGCCAAAUUCUUCGGCAAGACGUACUCGGAUGAGCAGGUGGAGCGUUUGGCUGCGCACCUGCACAUCGAUAACUUUAAGAAGAACCCGUACGUUAACAACGAGCGGCUCAAGGAGAGUGGCUUCAUGCACGCCGACAGGGGCAGCUUCAUCCGCAAGGGGAAGACGGGCGACUGGAAGAAUCACUUCACCCCCGAGAUGAACGCCAAGUUUGAUAAGUGGAUGGCGCAGAAGUUGCGAGAAACUGACCUUCGGUUUGUUCAGGAGCUCAGUAAGCAAGACUGAUCAAGCUUCCUAGGUCUGAACGGAACUCAUUACCGGUAGCGGGUCUGUGAUGUCGAACGGUCCACCGCCGUAUGUAUGUAAAUUCGGUAUAUCUGCCCUCUCUCCGACAUCGAAAGCAUUCUUAACGGUGCAGGCCCUUUUUAAAUACAGUGACGGUGAUGUCAAUGCAGUGCUUUAUAUGCCCCCUGUUUCAUACAACGUAAGGAGAUGGUUAAAAGUCGGGUGUCAUAUCAAUAUCCGGAGUCUAAUAUCCCAUGUGUUACCAAUAUCCUAGCUGUGCGCGUCGCGACGUGCACGCGACGCCUUACGAGCAUUCUCACUGCGCUCGAAAAUUCCACUCUAGCACCACCAUCACAGAGUUGUCACAGUUUGCAAAGGUUCUAACCGAUCACAUCCCUACCGAUGCUGAAACGGUGGCAGAUAAGAGAAAUGCUUCUCCACACUCUGGAAAAUCACGUCUCGAGGACAGGGGCCGCUUCGGGAAACCGUAAAAGCUCCUCAAAUACCAGCAGCGCGGGGCAGGGUGAAGCGUUUGGGGGUGCUUUAAUGAGGACGUCCGAGAUGCAAAGGAAGACUGAAAACACCCCCAUUCGGCAGGCACUGCGAAUACGUACAUCGCAGUACAAUGUUAGACACAAAAUGGUGAAGUCCUAGGAACAAAACCGCUCAGAUAUCAGACCUGCAUGUCUGUAAAGAUGCUGCUUAUUCAAGAAUCGCAGAACCAACCCAAAUUAUAGAUAUCAAACCUACACCGAACACCCCCAACUUCCACCUGGAACCGAUUGAUGCCUGUCCAGUAUGUCAGCGUCUGGUAAUGCAAGAUCUCUUCAAAAGAGUUGCUCAAAAUACCACCUCCCAAAAGCUGUGUGAUAUUUUUCGGAAUGCUAUUCUGCACAACGCUUGUGUUUUGAGUCCAAUGUUCGCUUUUUGUGUGCGUGUGCGUGCGUGCGUGCGUGCGUGC